AAUAUGUUCUUCGUGGAUUGUAAAAGUCAAAAAAAUCUUAAUUAAAAUUGUUUUUCAUCGCAAAGAAUUUACGUUGGAGCACUCUAGUCCUAAGAAAAACACAAGCAAAUGAAACAAUCUCUUGAAUCCAUCCCAAUUCGAAAGCAAAAGCUAAAACAAAAGUGAGAAACCUAAAAACCUCAAACACAUCAUAAACAAGUAUGGAACCCAUACCAAACCCAGAACAAGAAGCUGCUGCAACAAUCUCAUCAAUGGCGUCCCACCAAAACUCCAACUCCUCCAUCAUCAACACUUUCUUGGAGAUCACCUCCUCCACUCUCGAAGAAGCCCAAUUCUUCCUCGAAAGCCACAACUUCGACGUCGACGCCGCCGUCUCCACCUUCUUCGAGUCCUCCUCCGCCCCUCCUCCCGCUGUCAACACCGCCGCCGCCGCUGCCGACGACGACGAUGGUGCUGCUGAUGCUGAUUUCAUCCCUCCUUCUUCCCCCUCCGCUUCUCUCUCUCCUUCUCCUUCUCGCUCUCGCUCGCAUUCUCCUCCCGCCGGAGCUCGAUCGCAGUACAGUCUCCGUUCUCGGAGAACUGCCGAUAACAACGAUGGUAACAAUGCUAGAAGUUCUGAUUCCAGGACUCGUCGUCGUGUUGGAGGUGUUCGUACUUUUGCUGAUCUGAACCGGAAUUCGGGUGCUGAUGGUUCUGAUAGUGAUUCUGAUGGUGAUCGUCCUGCUCAGUUCUUCACUGGUGGUCAGAAAAGUGGCAUGGUUGUGCAAGAUCCUUCCAAGGAUAUUAAUGCUGAAGCGAUUUUUGAGCAAGCUAGACGUGUGGGAAGUAUUGAGGCACCAGUUGAUGUUCAACAACCAUCUUCAAGCUCAAGAAGCUUUACUGGAACAGCUAGGUUACUCUCAGGAGAGACGGUGUCAUCUUCUCCUCCCGAGCAGGCUCCUGAAACUAUCACUCAUACUAUCACCUUAUGGCGUAAUGGUUUCACAGUGGAUGAUGGGCCUUUGAGGAGAUUUGAUGAUGUAGAAAAUGCUCCAUUUUUGCAGAGCAUCACAAAUUCUGAGUGCCCAAAAGAACUAGAGCCAGCAGACAGGAAGACUGCAGUCCAUUGUAAUCUUGUGAGGAGGAAUGAGAACUGCCCUGAACCACAAAAACGAAAAGUUCCAUUUCAGGGUGUUGGAAGAACGUUGGGUGCUAGCCACUCGACCCCUUCUGACUCUGCUUCUGUAACUGCUCGCAGCUCUGCUCCACCCCCUGUGAUGGGCCUAGUCGUGGAUGAUAAACUACCAUCAACCUCUAUCCAGCUUAGGUUAGCUGAUGGGACUCGUAUGGUCUCACGUUUCAAUUAUCAUCAUACUAUAAGAGAUAUCCAUGCCUUCAUUGAUGCAUCAAGGCCAGCUAGAACAGGAGUUUAUACACUUCAGAUGAUGGGGUUUCCUCCCAGGCAAUUAACUGAUCUUGAGCAGACUAUAGAGCAGGCUGGUCUUGCCAACUCUGUUGUCAUCCAGAAAUUCUAGCUGAACUUUACUUGAUACUGGAUUUGUUGCCUUGGCUUCUUUGUCUGCUGCUACAUUGGCUAAGAGGCUAGAAGUCUACUCAUUUAGCAAAAUUAACAAAUGAUUGCUAGAAAGUUUAGUGGCUGUAAAUUUCAUGGAGCACAUUGCAUCAUAGUUUUUUUUCAACAUAACUGGUUGCAGGUUUUUAUUUCAGCAUAUCACUUCUGAAUUGCUAUUCGAUGGAGCACAUGGCAUGGUUGUGUAAGAUCCUUCCAAGGAUAACCAGUCGACAGCCCGCCACUUCCACCUCCUUUCCACCCAUCACCCCCAUCAGAUCGAGCUCUCAUGUCUCUUCUACACAGCCUCCAAAACCACAAACCUUAUAGUUGCCACCCAAGCCACCUACACGGCCCCGCCAAAACCUCUCCCCUCUACCUAUUUACCACCACCAUCCUCUGCCACAAGCAUGUUUUUCACUGUCUAAUCACCAAAUCCACAUCUCUGCCAUUUGGUAUUUUUUUUUGGUUGCAUAGGGGUGUAGGACAUGUAAGGUCAGCGGUGUCAAUUGUGAUGGGGUUGAAUCGUUGAGGUGGGGUAUUGGUUUGGUGGGGUAUAUGUGGUGGAUUGGAGAGGAGAGAAGAAGAGGGAUACAAGGGUUUGAAUGUUUGAUCACUAUGUAAGGUCUUGUAUGUUACUAUGUUGUAAAACUUGUAAUGCAGGAGCGUUGGGGUGUCAAAGAGCAUAUACUGGAUACUUGGGGAAGUUUUUGGGGUUAUAAUUGAUUAGUAUGUUAACCUUCCAUUUUAUCAAUUGUCCCCUUAACUAAUUCCUUCUAUUCCAUAAUUUUUCAGCUUAAACUAA